CUAAUUCAUUGUAUCAAGCUGAGACAGGAGGAAGCAGCGAACGACUGGGCAGACUGGAGAGCCGCUUAGCUUAGAGAAAUACUGAAAAACCCGACCGCUUGACACAUAAACUGAAGGGAUGGCAGCCAUCCGUAAGAAGCUGGUGAUAGUCGGCGAUGGAGCUUGUGGGAAGACUUGUCUUCUUAUCGUCUUCAGCAAGGACCAGUUCCCUGAGGUCUACGUUCCCACCGUGUUUGAGAACUAUGUUGCUGACAUUGAAGUGGACGGCAAACAGGUUGAGCUGGCUCUCUGGGACACGGCCGGUCAGGAGGACUACGACAGGCUGAGACCCCUCUCCUACCCAGACACUGACGUCAUCCUCAUGUGUUUCUCCAUAGACAGCCCCGACAGCUUGGAAAACAUUCCUGAAAAAUGGACCCCGGAGGUCAAGCACUUCUGCCCCAACGUCCCUAUAAUCCUUGUAGGAAACAAGAAAGAUCUACGUAAUGAUGAGCACACGCGUCGAGAGCUGGCCAAGAUGAAGCAGGAACCAGUAAAGUCGGAGGAAGGCCGGGACAUGGCUGGACGCAUCGCAGCCUUUGGUUAUAUGGAAUGUUCUGCGAAGACCAAGGAUGGCGUACGGGAGGUGUUCGAGAUGGCCACCAGGGCGGCACUGCAGGCCCGCCGCGGAAAGAAGAGCAAUAGAUGUGCACUGCUGUAAAACGGCAGACAUAUUUGGACUGUUUUCGCCCUGGGCUGUUCUACCCGGGGAUAGGGCUCAGUGGGGAAGGAGGGAUCACUAGAAUGAGAGGGAGGGGAGGGAAGGGGAAGAAAAGACUGCAGUACAUGACUACCGCUGUAAACUGGCUGUUUGUUGGACUCUAUUUACCCUGGGACUCGGGUUUAGGAAGGAAGGAGCACAGUAAAUGACUGUCGCUGUAAACCUUCAGGCUCUUCACCUGUGUGCGUUUCAUUGGGGCGGGAGAUUUACACCAGCUACCAGCCGACAGCUGGUUAGAUUUGCUCUUUUUCGGCAAGCCACUGACACUGAUUGAGAUGAUCGAGGAAUCCCAGUCCGCUGUUAAAAUCAGACUGGUAGACCUUCGUUUUAAGGAAGACUGAAGUUUAGUUGUUUUUGCCACAUGGGGAGGGGGGAGCUAUUCCUCCCCGAAUGCUUUAGGCUGCCAUUGGACCACAAAGGCUGCCAUGAUGAAGCAGACACCAAACCAGAGCAGCAUCUCUUAGUUUUUGCUUGAUGGAUUACUUGAACUUCUGCAAAAGUAGGCAAACACCAGUGGACUCUUAUUAACUGUAUCCUCCCACAAAUAGCCUUCCAGUGUUCACCGUGAGCUAGGAAAUGGUCUCCAAGAUCGGACAUGAACAGAGGCAACAUGCUCACAUGCUCACACCUCUUUGCCUCUUGCUGUGUCUAAUCCCGCGCUUACAGACUCCCAGAGACAAACAUGCUGAGAUUUAGUCUUGCUGAGAUAAUCCACAGGUCGCCUGAUAUCGAGCGUUGAUUGUAGAUCAAAUUUGAUAAUCUCAUUGAUAGCGAGUCAUCACCAGAUCUGGUUGACAAGCUGUCGGCUUCUUCUGUUAGCAGCGUCCAAAAGAUUAGUUAUGGCCACGCAAGGCAACCAAAGGCCUGCCUGCUCUGCUCUGCUCCUGGUGCAUCCACUUUGAUUGGCGAUCAUUUGCAUGCUCUUUUUCCAUUUAAAUCAAGUCGGCCUGAAUCAGUGGAAGUGGCAGAGGAAAGGACGUCCCAUUGGACGGCAGAGGUAGCCUGAGCAGCUCCAAUCCCUUCCUGUUCCACUUAGCUGACCGCUGGUGCUCACCUUGCCCUGACGUUUAGACCAGGACAAAGAACAAGGAGAGGGAGGGGAGGGAGGGAGGGGGGUAAUACUGUUUACAUGCACAAAAACUGAUCCUCUUGUUUGAGAUGAACAGUGAAAUCCUUGUUUAGGCAUGUAAAGAAAGAGAUUGAACACACAGUAGGGACAGUUUUUUUUUUUUGUUAUUAUUAUGUUUUUAGAGGAUGGACCGUUAUUUACAUAUUCGAGUUCUGCUAGUAAACUACUUCCAUCUGCUUCAUCGGUGAAGCAGACAGACAAAAACACAUUUAUCUGGAAGAUUUUCCACGGGAACGUCUCACUCAUCAGGUUGGUCGGCCAGAUGGAUUUUUGUGCAGGUAAUCUUAAGUUGCUGUGCAGUGAAAGGAUUAACCUCCUGUUCAUUUUGGAAUAUUUUUUAAGGCUUUUUCUUAAAAGAUGUAUGGCCAGUUUUUAUUUGGGUUAAUUAAACAGCUUAUUUUGUAAUGUUUAACUGGCAGAUUCAGGGUCUCUUGGCAGCAUUAUACCCUCCUGUUCUUCUUCCUGGCCUACUGGGUGGAGCCUGUUCCAGAAACCAGUCUUGUGUUGUAUUUGUAUUUUAUUUCCAGCUUUUUAAAAAAAAGAGUCAUAAACACGUCUAUCAGUAUUUAAAAAAAAAAAAGGAGGUGGAAGUCUUUGGGAAUUAUUUGUGUUGUUGCUUUAGCUCUUUUUUUUUUUUUUUUUUCUUUCUUGGCGCUUUACCAGAAGUUUUCUGAUGAUUUACAUUUGGUUGUAAGAAACCGUCAAUCAUCCCUGCCAAAUGCUGUUGUUAGGCAGUCAGGAGAAAGGCUGGCCUCUCGGCUGCCUGUCUAGAGCAUCGUCAGGGCCACGAGUGCUGGCUUUUUUUUUUUUUCUCCUCUCCUGUUUGUUUUGCACACAAACCUGGCUGAAAAUACAGAGGAGUGCGGGGGCAUAAAUCUGCUCGACUCAUAAUGUAGAUUUUUUUUUUUUUUAAAGAUUUUACUCUUGAUUUUUAAAUCCUGAUUUGUUUUUUUCUUGGAUGCUGAAGCAGUGACGUAAGCAAAAGAAACAGGAAAACCACGCUGUAUGCAAAGUCUGUAAAUAUGAAAUGUGGGGAUUUGUUCAUACUAGACUAUACACACGCACAUGACUGGAAACUAUUUGUAAACUAGCUUUGGUUUGUGUAAUAAAUUACUUUCUAUAACACCCACCUUA